GCGUCCGGCAGUCAGCACGCCAAAGAAACAACGGAACACGUCGCUAAUUUUCCUUAAGGCCAGUCGUUCCUUUUGGCUCGUACACUCAAAUCGUACGACAGCUCAUUCGCGUACCCUACCUCGUCAACGUCGCUACCUCGAUAGUUAACGCUAGUUAAGCCAAUUAUACCAGUUCGCUCGUUUCUUUUGUUAUUGAUUAAUACUUUCAAAUCACAUCGUUCGUAAUUGGUAUUUUUUUAUUUUUUAAGACUGUUAAAGAAGGAAUUUUUUAUUUUGAAAUUAAACGCGACGGUUUUACGUAAAAAUCGAUAAUCGAUCGAUUGACGAUUCGUAGAAUCGAGGGAUCGAUUAGACGAUUGUUCCUCAGUGCGGGAAGGGCGCUGGAUUUGAGAGUGUUUGUGCGGUAUUUGAAGUCAGUGACUCUAUUGGAUACGUAGGGUCGAGUUUUCAAGAAGCGACGCGGCAACUCGCCAACCAGGAUUUUCCUCGUUAGAACCUUGAGGGGACGCCCUAAGCAAUAUGUCAAUCAUAAUGCAGUACGUGGACCGGUUCCACGAGAUGUUGGACAAACAUGCAGACUCGCGGACGACAAACUGGUUCUUGAUGAGUUCACCAUUUCCCACACUUUUUAUCUGCCUGGGAUAUGUCUAUCUCGUGAAGGUCCUGGGUCCUAAAAUCAUGGAGAAUCGCAAGCCUUUUCAGCUUAAGAAUGUCCUCAUAGCGUACAAUCUGUUUCAAGUCAUAUUCUCGGCAUGGCUCUUCUACGAGUGCCUGAUGGGCGGAUGGUGGGGCCACUAUAGCUUUCGCUGUCAACCCGUGGACUAUUCGAACAGCCCGACGGCGGUCAGGAUAGGAAUGUCCGGAUGGCUGACGGGGGACUAUUCUCUAAGGUGUCAGCCGGUAGACUACAGCGAUCGACCCCAAGUAUUAAGGAUGGUUUAUGCCAGCUGGUGGUAUUACUUCUCCAAGUUCACGGAAUUCAUGGACACGAUUUUCUUUGUGCUGAGAAAGAAAAAUGAUCACGUGUCCACUCUCCAUGUAAUCCAUCAUGGUUGUAUGCCCAUGUCCGUCUGGUUCGGCGUCAAGUUCACACCCGGUGGUCAUUCGACGUUCUUUGGGCUCCUGAACACCUUCGUCCACAUUGUCAUGUACUCUUACUACCUCUUGGCUGCCUUUGGUCCAAAAAUGCAGCCUUACCUCUGGUGGAAGAAAUACCUCACUGCCUUCCAGAUGCUUCAGUUCAUCGCCAUUAUGAUUCACGCCUUCCAGCUUCUCUUCAUAGACUGCAACUAUCCCAAGGCAUUUGUCUGGUGGAUCGGCAUGCAUGCCGUAAUGUUCUUCUUCCUCUUCAAUGAGUUUUACCAGCAGAGCUACGCACAGAAGAACCUGAGGAGGGCGAAGGCUGCAGCCGCAAAGGCGUUGGCGAACGGAAGUGCUGGCACAGGAUUGUCAAACGGCGUGGCCAACGGUACGACUGCUUCCAGCAAGAGCGCCGUCAACUCCUCUAGCGGCAACGAGACGAACCUCACCAACGGAUCGACUAGCAGAAGAAGGGACCCUGCCGAUUAUUAUAUUAAGGGCGAGAGCCUAGCCGCGUCUGAAUUAAAUUUACGUAAACCCUUCGUCUCGAGCGAGUGAGUAAGGAUUAAUUAAAGAAAAAAGAAUUGCGUGAGCUUCGUUUAACAUCGCUGAAGAGACUCGAGAGAAACGGACGAGUGUACGCAUGCGCACACGCUGCGACCACUCGGAUCAAGUACGCAACCAUUACAACGCACGUAUACCGGGUACAAUAAUAAUAUUCCACGUAUUUUAACGUAUUGAAUUGUAUUAUAAAAUGGCGGGUGGUCCUGUGUAACACGUGCAGAUCUGUAAACAUAAUAUAACCGGCUCUUGUGUCAGAAAGUGCAUGCGUGGUUUCUCCCUGGGACGGGACUCAUCGUUCUUGUUAUAAAGUUUUAAACUAAAAAAUUGGUCCAAGAGUACAAAAAUUCCGCAAAUACGUACGCCCGCGUUUAACUGGGUCUGUGAUAUUGUAAUUACAUUUAAUCAUCGAAAUCCAUUUACCACGUCGAUGAUUUACUAUAACCACGCGGAUCCCAAUCUUCUGGGGGAAGUGGACGGAAAAACGGACUAAUUGUAAGAUCUCGAGGAUCAUGGAUCUGUCGCAGGACUACAUACGCUUUCAACGGAAUGGCUGUUUUAAGUCCUUCUGUGAAUUUUAUACGAUCAUUAAACGUCCUGGAUGCAGUCAAGCCAAAAAGUAAAAUCGACGGCCACCCUAAUAUUUCUCACCGAGCCAGAACAAGAAUCUGUAUUCUCAAUGCUGACAAUGUCACGGCCGAUUCUUGUACCUCGAAAAAGAACAGACACAUCUCGAUGGGCCAACGGUGAUAAAAAUCAAAAGUGAUUCAAAUGCCAUUGCCGAAAAUUAUACUUGUUAAUCCUUUUGAGUCAUAACCAAUCAAACGUUUCGAAAUCGUCCUCUCGGGGUGAUGAAGUAAUUAAGUCUUCCUUAUCCACGUACAUACAGAAUACAGAUCAGCUUCACAGGCAAAUAUUACAUGCAUAAUAAAAAUUAUUGUUCAUGUAUAAUAGAGCGAUUCACACGAGCAUAAUUCAAUCCGACAGCGCGAGUCAGGAGUGAUGACUGUUUUUAAAUGAUCAUCGGUAUUGCAUUAUUAUACACACAUACACUAUAUAUAUAUAUAUAUUUCAGAGACACAAAAUCAUCACUCUUAUUGCGAAAUAACGCGCCUUUGGUCAUUCUGUAUAUAGGUAGGCUAGUUUUAUACCAUUGUAUUUCAAAAUAAUGGCCAUUAUGCUCUCAGCCUCGCCCGCCUCCUUAACAAUUCUUAAAAACAUUAAACCCUUUUCUUUAAACAGAAGGAAAAGUAGUGCUGUCACAUCGAAUACUUGGAAGAAUGAAAAGUCCUUACCAUAAUUCAUGCUCAUAAUAUUAAUUAAUAUAUAUUUAUGAAUAUAUAUAUAUAUAUAAAAUAAAUUGUUAUUUUUGCGGCUUUGUACAUAACGUUAAUAUAAAGAAUUUUUCAAAAGCGCGGGGUAUCCCAAAAGUUAACGUACUCGCUCUGUCAACCAUUUUAUAUAUAGCAUCGGUACAAAGGGCAGGCGUUGGUUGUUGCUUUUGUUGCUAACUUUUGGCGCACUUCGCGCAGAUUGAAGAUAGACCAUAACGAUACGCAGUCUUAUUGGAAUUGUAAUAGGUGUGUUUUUUUUUGUAAUUACAAUAGGCGCACUUAUAGCCAAUCGUAUUAAUAGAUGAGAAUGGAGACGAAUAUGUGGAGGGUCUAUAUCGCGGCGAAUCUUACGGUUGUUUUGUUGCAAGUAGUUUCGCCGCGAAUGCAAGAAAACUGCCAGUUAUCAAAAGUCAAAUAAUCUUUUACACAAUAUAAAAAAAAAGUAUUGGAUUCUUAAUCGAUAAUCAAAGUAUCUUUUGAAAGCUUUGUUUUCUUUUCAAUGCUAUUGGUACUGUAUAGACAGAUGAAACGUAUAUAGCUAAAUGCAUAUAUAUUUUUAGAAUGGACCUUUAUCGCACAACGAAAUUAGAUAUGUCGAAUAAAAUCAAUCAAAUAUUGUACACAGAAAUUAUGUAUAUUACAAAAAAUAAAUCGUUCAUUAUUAUUA